AGCAGGAGGAGAGGAGCAUCACAGAUACAAAUUGCCAUGGGGUCCGGCUCCUCUGCUUAUGCUCCAAGAAGUGUCUACUUGGAUGUUGACGGGAAGGUGCAGAAGGUUGUCUUCAGUCGUCACUGCAGCCCAUGUGACAUCCGGGAGCUGCUCUGUCUGUCAUCCAACAUUCCCAGGAACACCGCUAUCAUGCUGGUGGAUUCGGAGGGAGCCAUGAUAUCAAUUGACCCAACCAUGCCCACCAACUCUCCUAACUCGUUGUACAAGGUCACACCAUUGUCAACUGGGCAGCUGGGAGAGAAGGAGGACAUGUUCCAGAGCAUUCUGUCUCAGGUGGCUGAGCAGUUCAGCAGGGCAUUUCGAAUCGGUGAUCUGAAAACGGAGGUGACCAGCCGACUGGCCAUGUUGGAGAAGAGGGUGGAGUUGGAGGGCCUCAAGGCGGUAGAGAUUGAAAAGUGCAAGAAUGACCUCAAGAAACUACGGGAUGAGAUGGCUUCAAGAGGGGGAGGAAGGAUAUACUGUCCUUGCAAAUACAACUUCUCAGAUGAUGGAAAGAAGCUUUCUCCCAGACGUGAUGUCCCAAGUUACCCAAAGUACACGCUGUCCCAGGAGACUGUCGAUGCUCUGAAGAAGCCAACCUUUGACGUCUGGCAUUGGGAGCACAAUGAAAUGCUGAGUUGCUUGGAGUAUAUGUACCAUGACCUGGGAUUGGUGAAGGAGUUCAACAUGAACCCCAUAACACUCAAACGCUGGCUGCUCAGCAUUCAGGAGAAUUAUCGCAACAACCCCUUCCAUAACUUUCGUCACUGCUUCUGUGUGAGCCAGAUGAUGUAUGGUAUGAUUCACCUGUGCAACCUGCAGGGAAGGCUCACCCUGACUGACCUGGGUAUCCUAAUGACAGCUGCAGUUUGCCAUGACCUGGACCACCCAGGUUACAACAAUGCGUACCAGAUCAAUGCCCGAACAGAGCUGGCUGUGCGCUACAAUGACAUCUCCCCUCUGGAGAACCACCACUGCGCCGUAGCCUUCCAGAUCCUCUCUUUGCCCGAGUGCAACAUAUUCGCCAACGUGGACCCCGAGGCUUUCAAGCAGCUCCGACAGGCAAUCAUCACCCUCAUACUGGCCACAGACAUGGCCCGGCAUGGGGAGAUCCUGGACUCCUUUAAACAGAAAGUGGAAAACUUUGAUUUCACUAAUGAGGAACACGUGAAAUGUAUGAAGAUGGUUUUGAUCAAAUGUUGUGACAUUUCCAAUGAGGUCAGACCCACCGAGGUGGCUGAGCCCUGGGUGGACUGUCUGCUGGAGGAAUACUUCAUGCAGAGUGAUAGAGAAAAGUCAGAAGGGCUCCCUGUUGCCCCGUUUAUGGACCGGGACAAAGUGACCAAACCGACGGCACAGAUUGGCUUCAUCAAAUUCGUCCUCAUCCCCAUGUUUGAGGCAGUCAUGAAGCUUUUCCCUCAGAUCGAGGACAUUAUGGUCCAACCAUUGCGGGAUUCCCGUGACCGCUACGAGGAGCUGAAGCAAAUCGAUGAUGCCAUGACCGAGGUAAAGAAAAAAACAGAGGACAUGUCAUUAGGAGUGAAGGAAUAGACUUUCCAGCUCCCUCAUGGCAUUGUGGAACCUCCAGGGGACACAGAUUUUGGGACGUCGCCAAGCCGUCAAACUCAUAAGAUCAGCGUCUAUCCUUUUUACAAGGAGCAGCUGUUUCUGAGAAGCCUUCUUUCUCACCGCCGUUCCCUCGCCUGCUUGUGGCAUCGAGAUGCCCCUGGCUCACAGAUGGUCAUGGACUCCCAGACCACAGGCUUGUUUAAA